AUGAUUUUCAAGGGAAAUAUUCCAGGUAUAUUCAAUGAUUUCAAGAAAGCUAUGGCUAAAGAAUUUGAAAUGACAGAUAUUGGUGAAAUGCCAUACUUCCUUGAAGUAGAAGUAAAGCAAAUGCAAGAUGGAAUAUUUAUUUCACAAAAGAAGCACACUGAGCAAAUUCAGAAUGAAAGAUUGCAAGUCGAUAGCUACUCCUACAGAACCAUACAUGAAAUUAAGUGUAAAUUCAACAAGAGAUCCAAUGAACCAACCUUGUUUAAAAGCAUCGUUGGAAGUAUAAAGUAUUUGACUAUCACACAACCAGAUAUUACAUACGUUAUAGGAUUGGUAAGCAUAUUUAUGGAGAAGCCAAAACAAGAUCAUUGGAUUGUAGCUAAGAGAAUUUUAAGAUAUGUCAAAGGCACGAUGGAUCAUGGUUUGUUCUACACACAUUCAGAAAUUCGAAGUUGGUUGGUUAUUCUUAUAGUGAUUAUGGAGGAGACUUAG